AUGAAGACCACCUGGAAGGACAUCGCGCCCGUGCCGACGUCGCAGGAGUUCCUCGACAUCGUGCUCUCCCGCACCCAGCGCCGCCUGCCCACCCAGAUCCGCAGUGGCUUCAAGAUCUCCCGUAUCCGCGGCUUCUACACGCGCAAGGUCAAGUUCACCCAGGAGACCUUCAGCGAGAAGUUCGCCCAGAUCCUCGAGAGCUUCCCCCGCCUCGAGGACAUCCACCCCUUCCACAAGGACCUGCUCAACACCCUCUACGAUGCCGACCACUUCAAGAUCGCCCUCGGCCAGCUGUCCACCGCCAAGCACCUGAUCGAGACCAUCUCGCGCGACUACGUGCGCCUGCUCAAGUACGCCCAGUCGCUGUUCCAGUGCAAGCAGCUGAAGCGCGCCGCCCUCGGUCGCAUGGCCACCCUGCUCAAGCGCCUCAAGGACAGUCUCGCCUACCUGGACCAGGUGCGCCAGCACUUGGGCCGUCUGCCCGCCAUCGACCCCAACACCCGCACCCUGCUGCUGUGCGGUUUCCCCAACGUCGGCAAGUCGAGUUUCCUCAAGAGCAUCUCGAGGGCCGACGUCGAGGUCGCCCCCUACGCCUUCACCACCAAGUCGCUGUACGUCGGCCACUUCGACUACAAGUACCUGCGCUUCCAGGCCAUCGACACCCCCGGAAUCCUCGACGGGCCUCUCGAGUCCAAGACCACCGUCGAGAUGCAGUCCAUCACCGCCAUUGCCCAUCUGCGCAGUGCCGUCCUCUACUUCAUGGACCUGAGCGAGCAGUGCGGAUACCCCGUCAAGGCCCAGGUCGAGCUGUUCAAGAGCUUGAAGCCCCUGUUCUCCAACAAGCUGGUCUUCAUCGUGUGCAACAAGAUCGACAUCCUCAAGCCCGAGGAGCUGGAUGCCAAGACCCACGACGAGCUGCAGUCGCUGCUGAGCGCCGGCGAUGUCGAGCUGCUGCAGACGUCGUGCAACACCCAGGAGGGUGUGCAAGAAGUCAAGAACGCCGCCUGCGAGCGCCUGAUCGCCGAGCGUGUGUCCCAGAAGCUCAAGGCCGGCACCAACAGCAGCGGCGCCGUCGGGGGUCGCCUGGCCGACGUCAUGGGCAGAAUCCACGUCGCCCAACCCAUGGACGGCGUCGUCCGCGAGACCUUCAUUCCGGACGCCAUCAAGGAGCUGAAGAAGUACCAGAAGGGCGACCCCGAGCGCCGCCGCCUGGCCCGCGACAUCGAGGAAGAGAAUGGCGGUGCCGGUGUCUACAACGUCGACCUCCGGGCCGACUACCUCCUGGAGAACCCCGAGUGGAAGCACGACAGGAUACCGGAGAUCUUUGACGGCAAGAACGUCUACGACUACAUCGACCCGGAUAUCGAUGCCAAGCUGCAGGCCCUCGAGGAGGAAGAGGAGCGCCUCGAGGCCGAGGGCUACUACGACUCGGACGAGGAGAUCGACGACGCCGAGGAGGCCGACAUCCGCAUGAAGGCCGAGCUGAUCAAGGAGAAGCAAGCGCUGAUCCGCAACGAGGCCAAGAUGCGCAAGUCUCUCAAGAACCAGGCCAUGAUCCCGCGCAAGGCCAUCAAGAAGCCUCUGUCGGAGCUCGAGGAGGGGCUCGACGUCCUGGGUGUGGACACCACCGACCUUGGUCUGCGGGCACGCUCCAACAUGGUGUCUCGCGGACGAUCAGUCACACGCUCGAGGGCGGGCACCGAGGUGUCGGAUGCCAUGGACGUCGACGACGACCCCGCGGCGAGACUACGGUCCAAGAGCAGGCCGCGGGACCGAAGCAUGGCCGCGACCAACAGACGAGACGACGGUGUGGUGGACGAGGUAUCGCGCGACAAGGCAGAGAGGGUGGCCAAGCUGGGCCAGAGGAAGAUGAACCGCAUGGCCAGACAGGGAGAGGCCGACAGGCAUAUCGGCGCCACUAUGCCGAAGCACUUGUUCUCCGGAAAACGGACAGUGGGCAAGACUGCUCGCCGUUAG